AUUCCCACCAGGGGUAUAUUUCUUCUUCCUCCUCCUAGUGCCACCACCAUAUCCAUUUUCUCAAAGCAAAAAAAUUGAAAAAAAAUAAUCAGCAAAUUGCUUUUAGUGUACUCUGUUUUUUUGCUGUUUGUAUUUCUAGUGUCAAGAAUCAAUUUUUUAUAUAUAUAGUAGUGGCUAAUUUCAUUUUCAAUCUUAUCCCUUUUCUGAUAAACUUAACUUGUUCUUGUUUCUGUUGCUUUUUAGCUCACUUUUUUUUCAAUUCUUAGCUAUAAUUUUAGUACUAUUUUGCAUAUGAAUUUGUGUUCUUGAUUCUUGAAUUUUAGUGGGUGUCUUUUAAUUUUGCUCACAUAGUUGAAAGAUUUGAGCUUUUGGGUUUUUUGUUUAUGGGGUUCUUGAAAAGUUUACUAUUUGUUUGAUAAAAGGUCUGAAAGAGAAUUUUGAGGUUUGAGGUUUUGAUUUUUUUGAUGGAAUUGAGAAUGGCUUUGGUAUUUGUUGUAUACAUAAGGGGAUUCAAGAUUUAAAGCUGGGAGAAUUCUUAAAUGGAGCGACACGGAUAGUGAGGAUUCAGAUAGCUGAUUUCAAACUUGUUUGAGAUUGAGGCAUAGUAGUAGUAGUAGUAGUUGUUGUCUUGAUAAAGGAGAAUUCUUUUAGGUGUUUGAAGUGAGAAAAGUAUGGAUGAUAGAAGUCAUCAGCAGCAACAGAUGACUUCUGGUUUAACUCGAUAUCGAUCCGCACCAAGUUCUUAUUUUACCAGCUUAUUGAGUAGUAAUAAUCCAGCUGAUGUUUCUGGUGGGAGUGGGAACUGUGGUUAUGCAAGAGAUGAUUUUGAUCAGUUGCUCAAUCCUCGCGCUUCGAAUAGUGGUAUAAAGCAAGUUUUUGAUAGAUUUGUAGCUAAUAUUGGUCCCCAAGAUUCGAAUCCAGAUGGCCUAAUUGAUGAUACUCAGCAAAUUCAGCAAAAUCCCAUGAGCAAUAUGGAUGUUAGAUCUGAAGUUGUAGCUCCUAUGAAACAAGAACACGAAGCUCAACAGCAGCAAAUGAAUUACCAAUGCCAAGAACAACAGAGUCAGAAUUCACAGUUUAUUGCACCUGUGAAACAAGAAACUACUCAGCAGAAUAGUGAUUAUUCUUUGGCUUCACAGAUGAAUUAUCAAACUCAAGCUCAACAAAAUCACAGUUCAACAGACUUUACUUCAGGAAUGGAUAACUUUGGCAGAUAUAAUGGUUUGAACCAGACGAAAAUGGAUGGUGGAUUUGGUACUGGUAAUAGUAACUCAAAUCUUACUCGUUAUAACAGUUCGCCUGCCGGAUUCUUUGCACAAGUCAAUAUUGAAAAUGAAUAUGGUGCAUUGAGAGGCAUAGGGAAUUAUGGAGCUGGUAGUGGUACUAAUGCUGCUGGAGAAGCAUCAUUUUCCAAUCCAAGCAGGUUUAGUAGUCAAACAGCUCUCCCAUCCGGACAACCUACUUCUUCGGGGCUAUUAGCUCCAAUCUCUGAAUUUGGAGCUAAAAGCAUAGAAGAGAGCAGACGAGGCGACGAAUGUUUUGGUAAAGGCCAUAAAAGUGAUGAGAGUUACAUGGCAGGUUUCCCCAUGCCUUCUUGGGAUGAUUCACAAAUUUUGACUGAUGAUUUCCUACAAGUACCAGAAGAUGAUGAGGCCGGAUCAUUCUCCAAUGGAAAUGCAUCUGAUAAUCAGAGUAGUGAAGGUCGAGCUCGCCCUCCCACUCUAUUGUCUCAUUUGAGUUUACCUCAAACAUCAGCGGAGUUAUCCGCCAUGGAGAAGCUCUUGCAAGAUUCAGUACCAUGUAAAGUCAGAGCAAAGAGAGGCUGUGCCACUCAUCCUCGUAGCAUCGCCGAAAGGGUAAGAAGAACACGAAUAAGCGAAAGAAUGAGGAAGCUGCAAGAGCUUGUCCCCAAUAUGGAUAAGCAAACAAACACGGCGGAUAUGUUGGACUUUGCAGCUGACUACAUCAAAGAACUAGAGACACAAGUCAAGGCACUAUCGGAAACGCGUUCAAAGUGUACAUGCUUGCAUGAAUAGAAGACCACAUUCAAAAUGAUAAGGUAGGGCAAUGCUGUGCACAUUCUAAUGAUAAAAGGAUUGACAAUGGAAAUAGCAAAGCAGAUAGGUGGAUUCUUUUUGGCACUUGAAAAAGAAGAGAAUGGGCUGCCAUAUUUUGGUGUGUAAAAAAGAUAGAUUCAGAUUCAUCUGAUGUAACAUUAUAACCUAAACUGUACAUAAAAUUUCCAUUGUCCAUUA